AUGGGUAGUCGUAAGUCCAAGAUUAUUACUCAAAGCAGCGAAUUAACUGCUAAACAAAUAGCUGAAAUCAGUCGCCAAACAAAUUUAAUUAAUACUGAAGUUCUUCGUCAACAUUCAGCUUUUCUUGAACAAUAUCCAAAUGGUUUGAUAACACGCAAAGAGUUCUAUGAAAAUCUUGAUGAAAUUUGGCCAGAGGGUCGUAUUGAUAAGUUUGCUUCAUAUUUUUUUGCUUUUCUAGAUCAAGAUCAAAGCGGAACAAUUGAUUUUGAAGAAUUUAUGCGUAUAACACAUAAAUUAGAUUCAAAUGAUAUUAACGAACACAUUUUUCUCGAAUUACUCUUCGAUGUUUUUGACCGAAAUCAUGAUGGAUAUCUAGAAAAAAGUGAUUUGAAACCAUUGAUUGAAUCGAUAUACGAUUUAUCUGGUUUACCAGAAGAUAAAAGACAUGGAGAAUAUGCAUCACAUGCUCAAGUUAAAUAUUUAUUUAAAAAACUUGAUAAAAAUCGGGAUAAACGUUUAUCAAAACAAGAAUUUCUUGACCAAGUGAAUUGGAUGAAUGACGAACGGAUAGGACGAUUCUUAUUCAGUUACUAUGAAAUGAAUAAUUAA